AUGUCUUUAGUACCACCAAAUUUUUUAACUUUAAAUGUUUGCCAAGAUGCUUUUAAUAAUUUAUUUUCAUUAUAUUUUUCAGAACAUGAUCAUGACCAUGAAGAAGAUGGUGGUGGUGGUCAUGAAGGACAUAUACAUGCAGGUGUUUCAUGUGAAGAAGAUCCAGAUAAACAAUAUAGUAGACCGAUACAUAUUGCAGCGAUUUUCAUUAUUUUGGCUUGUUCCAUUUUUGGUACAGUUAUUCCAAUUGUUGCCACUCAUGUUAAAAAAUUAAGAAUUCCAAGAUAUGCUAUUAUCGUUGGUAAAUCAAUUGGUAUUGGUGUAGUUUUAUCAUGCGCUCUCAUUCAUAUGUUAUUACCAGCAGUUGUUGCACUUGGAUCUGACUGUUUACCAGAUUCCUGGCAUGAAGGAUAUGAAGCUUAUCCUUACCUUUUUGCAUUGUUAGCUGGUAUUGUCAUGCAAUUUAUCGAUUUUACAGUUCUCCAAUAUUUAACCCACAAAGAACAAAAAAAAUCAAUGUCAUUAGAUUCAUCAACCAAAACAGACAAUUCAUUAAAAGAAGUCCAUACCACUGGAAAUGUUGAAAAUUGUCAUGGCAGCCAUGUUCAUGGAGGUCUUUUAAUGGAUCCAGCUGCUUUAAAAACUAUUGAAGCUUAUUUAUUGGAAUUUGGUAUUACAGUUCAUUCAGUUUUCAUUGGUUUGGCUGUUGGUGUUGUUGAUGAUAAAAUUUUAAAAGCAUUAUUGGUUGCAUUAGCUUUCCACCAAUUUUUUGAAGGUGUUGCACUUGGUUCAAGAAUAGCAGACGCUAAAUUAACAUCACACUGGCAUGAAGCUUUGUUGACUGCAAUUUUCUCUUUUUCAGCUCCAGUUGGUAUUGCGAUUGGUGUUGGUGUUGCCUCAACACUCAAUGUAAAUGGUGCAACCUAUUUAAUUGUUCAAGGUGUUUUCGAUAGUGUUUGCGCUGGUAUUUUACUUUACAUUGGUUUUUCUUUAAUGAUCAAGGAUUUCCCAGAAGAUAUGGAACAAUUAUGUAAAGGUAAAAAAUUUGAAUAUUUAUUACGUGCUGGUUUAUUUAUCGGUCUUUGGCUUGGCGCAGCUAUGAUGGCUUUUAUAGGAAAAUAUUUGUAA